AUGGGCAACAGCCAGUUUCUGGCAUUGCCACGGGAGCUUCGCGAUUUGAUACUCGGUUAUGCUAUCGCUAUCGGGCGGCCACCACCCAGCGGUGCCUCGGCGACGCUCAAUCGAGUGCGUACGCUGGCCCAUGAUGAAAAUGACCAUCUCGAGAGAGCCAACCUGUUCUCGGAACGGUCCAUUGACGCAACGGCCUGGAACAGCAUCACUGUGUUGAACCUUCUUCUGACGAAUCGCCAAAUAUGCUGCGAAACUCUAAAACGUCUCAAGGGUCCUCUGACCUACCGGCUCGACCUCAUGCAUGUCUCUGGCUCUGGUAUCUGGCCCACCUGGCUUGCAGUGCCUAUCCGCCAACACCACAUCGACACUCUCCAUGUUGCGCUCCGCAUAUCCGACCUCCCCGAUGAAGACAAUCCCGUCUGGAACAAUACGCUCAAGCGGAGCUCGUUGUCUCAAGCCCAUGGCCACGCGUCUUACCUGAAGCACACCUACAUAUACCUCCUUGCCGGCUUCCUCCAGAAGGGCCCCCUCUCACAUGCCGCGUCCCGCCGCGACUGCAUAGCCGCGUACUCUGCCAACACCUUGAUCCUUGACGUUGCGUCCCCGGAGCCCGGCACACAGGUCAACCUCAUUCCUAGCUCUUUGCAGCUCCCCUCCGUGGACCUGGUUGCGGCCGCCGAGCGCCUGGCAAGUUCCCUGGCCCGCUGGAUCCGCCACGCCCUCGACGGAUCGGGGAACUUCCUCAACGGCCACAUCCUCUACCAGGGCUUCGGCUCCAUCCACAUACGCGUAGAUGGCGAGGAGCGCAAGAUCUUUGACCUGACGGAGCACUUCUGCCGCUUGCCGAUCGACACCGAUGAUGGGAGGUUCUGGCCGCUCACCUGCUUUCCGGACCGCGUGAGCUUCGAGGCGUGGGCACAUGGCACGGUGGAGAAGCGCAGGGCGCGAGGGUUGUGGAAUGAAGACGUCACGAGGCGAUUGAUCGAAGACGGCCAGCCGGAAUGCGGAUUGACGCUGCCCGGUCUGUGGAUGGCGGUGUAUGAUGACCAGGAGUACCGGCCGCUAUGGGGACCUGCUCAUCGAUGA